AUGUCCGGUAUACCACAUAAUACAUACCACGGCACGGACUCCGGUCCACUUCCUCCCAACGUCGGUAUGUCAUUCCCGGGCUCCUUUCCCUCGCCCAUGAUGUAUCCACCACCUCCAUACGGCUACCCCGAUCCCUUUGGCAAUAUAGGAUUUGGUCCACCCGGCUUCGCAGCCCCUCAAUAUCAUUUCCCCGGCACCCACCCCGCACCGCCACCUGUUGAUAAUAGUGAUAUGCCAGGAGUCAGCGUCAAGAAUCAAUUCGGCGGCGUCGGUGUUCCCUCUGGCUACAACUACCUCUUUCCCCCCUCCCACUGUCUGAUUCACGUUUUCGAAACCGGCUCAACUCCGCCCUGGCAAGCACUCACGCCACUCUACUCUCACGAUGCACGUAAUCAUAAAAAAUUCUUUGUUCCGGCUAAUAUGACGGUGAAGGAAAUGAUGCAACAGCUGGGAUGUGAUAAUAAGGAUGGGGAUAAGAAUGUUAUGACCGAGGUCACGGAGGCGGGUAAUGGGAAGUGGUUGAAGGGCAUGGUGUAUAAGGGGGUAAUAAGGAUAGGAUGA